AUGGUAUUCCCUGCUUUCUUCCCCCCACUAUCCGAGGCGAUGGCAGCAGCCCCGACUCCCAUUCCCCACGCCUUCGCGCCCGGCGGCGACGUGACGCUCUUCUCCAGCGACGGCACGCGCUACGCCGUGCACCGCCAGCUGCUCGCGGCGCACUCGGCGCUGCUGAGGCUGCUGCUGCAGUAUGUGUACCCCCAGACGCCGCAAGUGCCCCUCGCGGACGUCCCGUUCGCGGACCUCGCGGGCCUCGCGGACGCGGUGCAGAAGUACGACGUGCAGGCGGUGGUAGCGCCGCUGCAGAGCGAGAUGAGGGACCGGCUUGAGCAGCAGCCGCUCGCCGUGGUGGGCUUUGCGCUGGAGCGCGGGUUGGCGCUCCUCGCGGAGGAUGCGGGCCGCCGCGCGCUGCGGCUGCCGCUGAGCGAUGCCGCGGCGGCGAUGUCGCCGGAGUCGUUCGUCAAAUGGGCCGUGUUCCGCGAACGGUGCACAGUCGGCGGCGCCCCCGACCUCGAGUUCCGCAGGCACGAGCUCGUGCCGCCCGUUGCCACUGGCAUCCGGCUGCUGUCGGGCCAGGUGUUAAGGGCAGAGUAG